UUAGACUACGUGAUUGAAUUGAUGAUAAUCGAUCGUAUAUGCAUCAUCAACAUAUAUUGUACAUCAUCUUAACCAUCGAUUCUGAUGAGAAUGCCAAAAUUAUUUUGAGCAAACAUACUUGAUGCUUUUUAAGUAAUUCCGGACGGGGUCGAUCGGAAUUCAAAACCAAAGUUCCGGAACGAGCCGCGCGCGUCGCGUUUUUCGCCGCCCAAACUUUUUCCCCUUUCCUUGUGCAAGAAGAACCCCUCUUCUCCUCCAUUUUCAUCUGCCCGUUCGCUGUGCAGUGCGUCAGACUGACCACCAUUUGCAACUUGCCUGCAACUCGCGAGUCCUAUCGGCCGGUACAGCAGCGGUAUGAGCCGAUUCACAUUUCUCUGUACCAAGAAUGAUUCACCGCCGACUAUGAUAUCAGUCACAUUGUUCCAGAUAGAAUAGAAACCUGGUCAAGAGUAACUGAACCUGGUUUCUAGCAUGCGGAGGGGCGUGGCCCGACGACUCCAGUGGCCGCUUAGCAUCUUCUUUUGUUCCUCCCGCCGCCUCCAUAGGAAAAGUGUCUACCAGGGUUCCGGGAACAGGAAUAACCUCCAUGAGCGCCGUCACAAGCCUAACUCAGAAGAGCCGCUGAGAAGGCCCAUCCCCGUCCUCUCCAAGAUCAAGGACGCCCGGACUCCGGAGGGUGCCUUACUCAUCUUUAAUGACUACCAGCAACGUGGGUACAGGCACGACUAUCCUUCCUACUCGGCCCUCGUCUACAAGCUCGCUCACUUUGCAGAGUUCUCCGCCGUCGACUCUGUCCUCGACCGCCUCGAGCAUACCGACAUUCGCUGCAAUGAGAAGCUCUUCGUCGCCGUCAUCCAGCACUAUGGCAGGGCGUCUCUCUUCCAGGAAGCGGUCCGGCUCUUCAAUCGCAUGCAGCGCUUCAACUGUUCUAGGACGCUCAAGUCCUUCAACACCCUCCUCGACGUCCUCGUAUCCGGCAGCCGCUUUUCGUCGGCGGAGCGCCUUCUCAAGCAGUCAAGGCACUUGGGUUUUCGUCCUAAUGCCGUGACUUACAAUAUUAUGAUAAAGGGCUGGUGCGAUUCCGGCCGUUGGGAUGACGCGUGCAAACUGUUCGACGUAAUGGCUGAGAGAAGGAUUUUGCCGACGGUAGUCACUUACAAUACACUGAUCGGCUUUUUAUGCAGACGGGGGGAUUUGAGCGAGGCUGAGGGGGUGGUAGAUGAUAUGGUGAAGAGAGGAGCACGACCGAAUCAGACAACGUAUGCGCUCAUCAUGGAGGGUUUAUGUGAAGGAAGGAAAUACCAUGAAGCUCGGAAGCUUAUGUUUGAUAUGGACUACAGGGGAUGCAAACCGGGGUUGGUGAAUUUUGGCGUAUUGAUGACUAGUUUGGGGAAGAACGGGAAGAUAGAGGAGGCAAGAGAUUUAUUGGUGGAGAUGAAAAGAAGGCACUACAAACCAGAUGUGGUCAUAUACAACAUUCUGAUAAACUAUCUAUGCAAGGGAGGAAAUGUGGAUAGUGCCUAUGAUGUCCUAAUGGAGAUGCAGAUUGAGGGUUGUCUACCUAAUGCUGCUACGUACAGGAUGAUGGUUGACGGAUUCUGCACGGUAGGGGAGUUCAGGAGGGCGUUGGGUGUUUUGCAUGCAAUGUCUAUAUGCAGACAUAGUGUCCGGGUUAGUACCUAUUUCUUGCUUCUAAGGGGACUAUGUGAGUGCAAGGAAGAGGAAGGUGCGAGGUGGGUGAUGGAGGAACUGGAGCGGAGGAAGAUUGGUGUGGAUUUGGACACUUGGGAUGUCUUGAUUAGGUCACUAUGUCUGGGGGACUUGAUGACCAUUAAAUUGCUGGAAGAGUGUACUGAUUCUUAAGACAAUGCACUGUUGUUAAGCUCCCACGAUUUUUAGUUUAAUCAUCCUUUAUGCUGAUUGAAGGUGAGGAAGCAAAUUUUUAUGCCAAUUGAACACAAAUGCCAUCGAACUGUUGUAUAAAACUCGAGCCGUUUCCUUGUAGGAAUGGAUAGCGACACCAGAUGGGGCUGCCUGUCCUGUUAUAAUCUGUCUUAUAACAUGUUGGAAAGAGUGAUAUUUAUGACCUUGUAUUGGCGCCAUUGACGUUCUUAUGAAUAAAUAGCCACUGAUUAUUGUACA